GUCUGUCUGAGCUCUUCCUCUUUCUUUGCUGCUACCAGGCAGAUAAGUACUCUCCAGCUCUGUGGCAUUGCUCAGGGUCUGGUAUAUUUGUAUUUUUAUGUGCUUGGAUUAUCGGUUCGUUCGGUUUCUUUAUUAGAUUCUGAUUAGACUCUUAUCGUAGAUACAUAUUUCUCUCCUGUAUAUAUAUAUAUUUAUUUAUCUAGGGUACGUAUAUAUAUGUAUAUGUUUUUUCGUUCAGGUACUUCUGUGGCCGUUCUGCCUAGGGGUUUGUCCUUAUAACAGUUUUUGCGGCUUCCCCGCUUUCCCCCCGUGUGAUCCGUUUCUCUGCCCUGUCAUCCUUGUCCCUCGUUACCUCAGACUGCGCCGCCAUUGCGCGCGCUUUCUGCUUCUUCUUCCUCUCCUUCUCGCCCGAAGUCUCGCGAGUUCGAGAUUUCGCGCGCGUUUUUUCGCAUAUUUUCGCAUAUUUUCGCAUUUUCGCAUUUUUUCGCAUUCGGCUGCUACUGACGGCGAGAUCUCGCGAGAUUUCGCCGUCCCUGUGCGUUUCCCCGCUCUGCACACACCGGACAUCCCGCUCUGCACAGCGCAUCUCCUGGCGGUCUUUUUCCACUGCUCUUGAGCCUUGUAAGUUCUGUUUUAUUCCAUUUCGUCUACCCACUAGCUGGCUAUGAUUCCUGGCUUCAUUAUCCCCUUUUCUCUUUUUCUCCUCUAGUGCUAUUUUUGCUGCUCCGGUCGGGGUGACUAACCCCUGCCUUUUGCUACUUCACCAUGUCUGUCAGAAAGAAUUCCGUUGCCUCUGUGGCCCCUAGUGAAGCCCCCCAAGUAGAUCAGGGUUCCCCUGCGCAGGAUAGGAGGUCCGAGGUGAUCCACCCGGACGACCAUGAGGUGGCACUGCAAAGAUCCAUAUCUAAUGCCAUUAUAACCGCCAUGGGUUCGAUGUCAUCUGCAUUGACCCAGUCUAUAUCUCAGGCCCUUAUGGCGCGCCCUGCUACUACUACCCAGGUUUUGGUCCCACCUCCAGGACCACCUCCUAUUGUCUCCAGAACACCUCAGAUUGAUGGGCCAUCCCCAUCCCAAGACAACGCGCUUCAGUCGCGUAAACGAGCUUGUACCCGCCAGGCAGAAAAAACGCGGGCAUGGAAGACUGCCAGGUCUCUACCUGAGCCUAGGUCAGACUCUGAUAGGGAGUCAGAGGAGGAGACUCAUGACAACGUCUAUGAAUUGACGGAUGAGGUGGAGGACGAUUUGGCGGAUAUUGCUGUGGAUCCGGUUCGUAAUCUAGACCCGGAAGCCCCGUUACUACAACAGGGAUCAGCAGAGGAUCUCUUAUUGGAUCCGUCUGGGGAACCGCUGUUUAACCCCGAGGAGCUGCAUCAUCCCCGCUCCGCGGAAUGGAUGCCCGCCACACAUGUGGCGCAGUAUAUGGAGGCUCGCAUACGCAAUCCGCUUAGUAAGGAAUCGCGUAAUAAGUUGCGGGCGGAGUGCCCUCGUCCUUUAAUACCACACAAAGUGUGCGAGACGCCAUCAGUGGAUCCAAAGAUGGUCCAGUUUCUGGCGAAGACGGGGUUUAACCCCCGUAAAGGGCUAGACGCGGCCUUGAAGGCUGUCCAAGACAAGCUACUGGACAUUACAGGUCCUUUAGCAAAGAUUUUCGAUUUGGCUGAGUCCGCUAUCGCGGCAGGUAGCCAGGUAGACCCUAUAGAAUUGAGAGGUUGGGCCCAGCGAGCCAUAUGCGUAGCGGGUAAUACCAAUACCUCGCUCGCCAUUGAAAGGCGGAAGGCAAUACUAAUUAAGAUCGAGCCAAAGCUCUCGAACUUAGCAUUGACUGAAGCGGGCAAGGACGCCCAGGGGUUGCUCUUUGGCGACUCUUUUAUUAAAGAGCUAGGGAAAUAUGUAGGAGCUUUUACGGCUCUUGAUAAAGCCCAGACUUCGAUGCGUCGAGUCUUUCAAGGGCGUUUUUCCAACAGGGCCGGCAGUGCUAGGGGCCGACUGUCCGGCCGUUCCAACUUUCAUGCCAGAGGUUCCGGCAGAGGCUCCUUUAAUUAUAGAGCAUCCCUCCAGGAUCAGAGACAUCAGCCGUCCUUUUUUCCCUCACGAGGCGCUCCCUUCAGGUCACGAGGUUUCCGAGGGAAUCCAGGCUCCCGUCGACCAUUCGGUAAGUUAUGUUCUUCGUCCCCCUCCUUUUUUAGACCAUUUAGUCGGGGGCAGACUCCGAUUCUUUUCUCAUGUGUGGUCAGGCAUAACCUCAGACCAAUGGGUCCUUUCUACUGUGCAGGGGUUCACAAUAGAUCUGAUUGCCGAUCCGAGCUCCAUCCCAGCCCCCCCUACGGUACCACUGUCCUAUGCGGCACGGUCCCAAUUUCAGAGGGAAUUGUCGGAUCUUCUGCAGAAAGGCGCGAUCGAACGCGCACCGGAGAAUCGUGGGGGUGUCAUCAGCAGUAUUUUCCUGGUGCAAAAGAACAAUUUUGUACAAUACCGACAUUUCAAGAUGGAGGGCAUCCAUCUUUUGAGGGAUCUGCUCCUUCCAGGCGAUUGGUUGGCCAAGAUAGAUCUCCAAGACGCCUAUCUCACGGUCCCAGUGUCCCCCUCUUCAAGAGACCUGCUGCGGUUCCUGUGGAACGGUCAGGCCUGGCGCUUCACCUGCCUUCCGUUCGGCCUGUCCUCCGCCCCCUGGUGCUUUACCAAGAUCAUGCGCCCAGUGGUGGCUUGGCUUCGCAGCAGAGGUGUUCGUCUGAUCGUCUACCUGGACGAUAUCUUGAUCAUGGCCCAAUCACGGGCUCUCUUGUUGAGACACCUCCACUUGACGGUGACGCUCGUUUCCGACUUGGGGUUCAUUGUCAACCAGGAGAAAUCCUGUUUGACCCCCUCCAGAUCCAUAGAGUUCUUGGGUUUCCAGGUGAACUCGGAAGAAUUAUCCCUCAGUCUUCCACUCUCGAAAGUCAAGGCUAUCCGCAAGGAGUUGAAGCAUGCUCUACGCCUACCUCAGAUGUCGUUGCGGCAUUUGGCAAGGAUAAUCGGACUUCUGGCCUCCUCAAUACAGGCCAUUUUCCCAGCCCCCCUCCAUUAUCGUGCGUUGCAGCGCCUCAAAAUUGCUCACCUUCGGUCGGGGGCCUCUUACGCAGAUUUGGUCUCAUUAGAUGCCGAGACGACGGACGAGAUGAGAUGGUGGAUCCACAACCUGUCAGUGUGGAAUGGCAGAGCGAUCGUGGGUCCCCAACCGGAUCUGAUCAUAGAAUCCGAUGCGAGCCUGCACGGAUGGGGAGCACAUUGCAGUGGUGUGUCCACGGGCGGUCCAUGGUCUCCAGAAGAAUCCCAUCUUCACAUCAACGCCCUGGAACUCCUAGCAGGGUCGUUUGCCAUUCGCAGUUUUGCCAAUGGUGUGGUCAGCUCAGCCAUCAGGCUCCGCAUGGACAAUAUAUCUGCGGUCAGGUACGUCAAUUGUAUGGGUGGCACACGGUCGGUGGUUCUGACCCAUUUGGCGAAGGAUUUUUGGGAAUUCUGUCUCGACAGGAACAUCUCUGUGGUGGCCGAGUACCUUCCAGGCCUUCACAACACUCUGGCGGACUGGAGUUCUCGCUACAUAUCGGACUCCAGCGACUGGAAGUUAGACGAGACGGUUUUUUCUGCUAUUUCUUCUCUGUGGGGUCCCUUUGCAGUCGACCUCUUCGCUUCCCGUUUGAAUACCCAACUGCCCAGGUUUUUCAGCUGGAGGCCGGAUCCCUUGGCGGAGGCAGUGGACGCUCUGCUUCAACAUUGGGGAGGAGCGUUGAUGUACGCAUUCCCUCCCUUCGCGCUCAUUCCACGAGUGCUCCUUCAGGUUCGUCAGCAGUUGGCGAACCUGGUUCUGAUUGUUCCGUUUUGGAGGAACCCAGUCCUGGUUCCCUCAGAUCCUGGAACUUCUAG